CAUGAAUAAAUUGAAUAUUCUAUUAGCUUUAUCCUUUGUUAGUUUCGUUGAAACUGUUCCUUUAAAAGCUAAACAAGCUAAAUUAAACUUUAAUUUGGUUAAUCAUUGUAAAUUGGAUAGGAAAACUGUACAAAAUACAAAAUUAAGUCUUGUAUACUUUUUGAAAAAUUUUCAGAGAAAUUUAUUCGAAUCAUAUCAUUUGGCCUAUCAACUGAGGAAGGAGAAAGGAAUAAAAGACUUACCUUCUGUUCAAGUAGGAAAACAAAUUGCUGAAUUGAAAAAGUACAUCAAUUUGAAAAACUAUACUGCAGAUGUUGGAAGUAGUUUAAAGAAUAUUAAAAAAUCUCUUUCAUUUGCUGUAUUCUUUAUUCAACAACUUAGAUCUAGUAAUCAGCUUAUUAAAGAUAAAGAAUUACUAACGAAUUUCCAACUAUUUCUUCAAUUUGACGAAAAAAGUUUACUAUGCAAAUUGGAUGCUUUAUUACUUAAAUUGGGUAUAAAUUUGGAUUUUAAACAUUCAAAGAAGCUAUUAGAAUAUCCUAUACAUUUAUACACAAAUGAAUUUGAUAUGAAAAUAGAUUUAAUGGCAUUUAUUAGAGUCUUCAGGUCUUUUGGUAAAUCAUCAAUAAAAUUUUUAAAACUUAACUUUUCUACUUUAUCUAAUCAAUCUAAGCGUUCCACUUCAAUUUAA